GUGGCCAAAGAGUGUCUCAAAGUAUCACCGAAACAGUCGAAAGCACUGGAAGUGGUGGCGGAUGUGACUAAACCGGAAGACUUGCGACGACUUGUGGACACAACUGUCAAACACUUCGGGAAACUGGAUGUUCUGGUCAAUAACGCCGGUGCUGGUGUUGGCGCUAAAAUUGAAGAAAAAGAUUAUUCCGAAAAAUUUCAAAAAGCUAUGCAAAUAAAUCUCAAUUCUGUGGUCUAUUUAACGCAUAUAUGUGUCGAGCAUUUGGAGAAAACGAAGGGAAAUGUUAUUAACAUUUCAGCUGUCGCUGGGAUGAGAGCUAUAUCUGGUUACAGUCCCUAUUGUGUGGCGAAGUGUGCUCUGGAUAUGUUCACCAAAUGUAUGGCCGCGGAGUUGGGACCCAAACGUAUCCGCGUUAAUGUCAUCAACCCUGGUCCAAUUCGCACUGAAUUUGCGGCAGCACUGGGUUUACCACAGGAUAUAAUUGAUAAACAUAUGCAGGCUUUCGUAGAGUUGAUGCCAAUAAGCCGGUUGGGGGAGUCCGAGGAAGUGGGUGAUGCCAUACUAUACCUGGCCAGUGACCAUGCCGCUUUUAUCACCGGCGCUAGUCUCAUUGUGGAUGGAGGUGUUGUAGCAGUAGUGCUGAUCACAGGCUCGAGUGCGGGUAUCGGUGCCGCCACUGCCGUACAGUUCUCCAGAGCCGGUGCUAAUGUUGUGGUCACCGGUAGACGAGCCGAUAAAGUGUCAGAAGUGGCCAAAGAGUGUCUCAAAGUAUCACCGAAACAGUCGAAAGCACUGGAAGUGGUGGCGGAUGUGACUAAACCGGAAGACUUGCGACGACUUGUGGACACAACUGUCAAACACUUCGGGAAACUCGAUGUUUUGGUUAAUAAUGCCGGCGCUUCUAUUGUGGCUAAUGUUACUGAUAAGGAAUUCUACGAGAAUUAUCUGAAAGUAAUGCAAUUAAACCUCAAUUCUGUGGUCUAUUUAACGCAUAUAUGUGUCGAGCAUUUGGAGAAAACAAAGGGAAAUGUUAUCAACAUUUCAAGUGUCGCCGGGAAGAGAGCCUUUGCGGGGUGGGCGCCAUACUGUAUGUCUAAGGCUGCGAUGGAUAUGUUCACCAAAUGUAUGGCCGCGGAGUUGGGACCCAAACGUAUCCGCGUUAAUGUCAUCAACCCCGGCCCCGUUCGUACGGAAUUCCUAUCUGCAAUGGGUAUGUCUAACGAGGUCUCCGACAAAAUGCACGACGGAUUUGGCAGUAUAAUACCUGUGGGCCGGUCAGGCCUGUCCACUGAUAUCGCUGAUUCAAUCCUAUACCUGGCCAGUGACCAUGCUGCUUUUGUCACGGGCACUAACCUGGUGUCAGAUGGGGGACAGAUCGCCGCUAAUGCUCUUAACAUUGAAUUCCUUAAAGAUUUGUUGUAAACUCGUUUGUACUGUAAUUUGAAUACAAUUUACAGUUAUACUGU